GCACUGGUCGCUGCCCCGCGCCCUCUCCCGCGCCGAGCUGGCAGCGCGCGAGGAGCUGGGCGGGCUGGAGGCGCGCGCCGCCUCGCUGCAAGCGCAGUGGCAGGCGCUGGCGGGGCGGGCGAGGCGGCUGUGUGAGGAGCGGCGCGCGGGGGCGGGGCAGGGGGUGGCGCGGGGUGCUGUGGGGGUGCGAGUUAGCAGUGUGCCGCCUGCUCAGCUGGAGAAGGUUCACGACGCAGUUGUAGGGCAGUACCGCGGCCUCUCCGCCGCGCGCGCCGCCCUCUCCUCCCUGGAGCAGCAGGUGGGGCGGGCGGCGGCGGAGCGGACUGCGGAGCAGCUGGAGAGGG